UCUUCCUUUUUGGUUAUACUCGUUGACUUGUAAUAUAUACGAUAUUGCUGUGUUGGGUUUGUAGACUUGUAACCUAUCACACACAACAAUCUAAAAAGUAAAAACUAUUUUAUAUGAUGAAUGUUGUUGUCCAUAUUAGAAUUCUGUGUUUAAAAUAUGAAAGAUUUGAUUCUGCAAUUUGUACUGCUUCCAAUUUUUUAAGGCCAUACUUUUUCUCACUCUUCUCCCCACCCACCUUUAUAUGCGUGUAUUCCUGCAGCUGCUUACCUCUACACAUCAAAUUCUGCCAUUACAGAUUACAGAACUUCUUCUCCUUUUCUUAAAAAGAAGAAGAAUAAUGGGUGUGGACAUACAAGGUAAGCUUCGUUUAGCUCUUGGCUCAGUGAAAGAUCAUGCCUCUAUUGGCAAAGCCAUGAUGUAUCAUUACCAACAUGAUGGCUUUUCCAACAUAGAGAUUGCAGUGCUGCGUGCAACUGGCCAUGAUAAUGGCACCAUUGGUGACAGAUAUAUGCAUGAAAUCCUCUUUCUUGUGUCAAACUCUCCAGGCUCCAUUCCUUUUCUGGCUGAAAGGAUUUCACUUCGCUUAGGAAAAACUAAGGAUCAUGUUGUGGCCCUCAAGACUCUUGUCUUGAUUCAUCGUCUUCUUAGAGGGGGAAACAGGUCCUUUGAACAAGAAUUAUGCAAGGCACAUGUCUCAGGUCACCUACAGAUUAGUACAAGAUUUUUCACAAAGAAUUCUGAUCACCCUUCAGCUGGUUUUCUACAAAAAUAUGCAGCUUAUCUUCAAGAGAGGAUGAGUUGGCUCAUCAACCAAGCAGGGAAACUUGAGCCUGUCAUGUCCAAAGGGUUAGAGUUUAGGCGCUAUGAUGAGAAAUCCUUUGAUAUGGCAUUCAGAACAUUGCCUAAAUGCCAAGUGCUUAUAGAUAAGGUGUUGGAAUGCUCACCACAUGAUAUUUUGUGCUCAGAUCAUAGCCUGGCUCAAGCUGCUAUGAGCAACACCUUGAGAGAAAGUUUCCAAGUUUACAUGACAUUUUCUGAAGGCAUUGCAGCUCUUGUCAACAUGUUCUUUGAUCUAACAGAAUCAGCCAGAGGCCUAGCCUGUGAAAUACUCAAGACAGCUUCUCUCCAGAGCCAAAAGCUUCAUGAUCUGUAUGAAAGUUGCAAAUAUGUGGUUGAAAACAAGAACUUGGAUUACCCUUCUGUUCAAAUAAUCAGUAUGGGUCAUAUAGUGGCACUGGAACAACUUGGUAGUCAACAAAAUGAACUAUCAACUUCACAUGUCUCUCUAUCUAGCAUCUCAAGGCCACCUCCAAUUUCAGCUCACUUGACAAAAUCAAAAGAGAUGAUAGAGUUGGAAGUGGCAGCAGAAGAAAACAAAAGGAAGGAAGAGAAAAUUGAUGUAAACCUGUCACCAACCCCAACUCUCUUUUCAUGGACACUACAGACCAAAAUAAGCAUGGUGUGGGUGGUGUUUGAAGAUGAAGUCGCCAAUGAAUCACAGGUUCUUCCAGCACAGCAAAAGCUUGGAACUGUUGAUGCUGUUACUGAUAUAAAAAGUGAAUACGGUACAAAUGUUUUAGGUUAUUCAACAUAAAAGAGAGGGAGGAAAUUAUCACUGUCAUCUUUUGUGGGUGAUGUUUGAGUUUGGUCUUAUUUUUUGUUUCUUC